CUCUCCAGAUGUAAGAACUGUGUGGACAGCAGCAUGUCCCAUGCUGCUUCCCAGCCCGUCUUGCCCUCAUCCCUCCAGAGGGAAGCAGGUGCUUCCUGCCUCUAGAUGUCACUCUCCACCAUCUUUUCUUUCUCUCCUUCUAUUUUUCUUUCUCCAAGAUCCUGCAAUUUUUUUUUUUUUAAAUUCCUUUCUGAUCUCUUUCCGGCCAUGUGCGAUUGCAGUUUCCUCUGGGCGUCCAUUUCACCAGCCUGAAAUUAAUCAGCAGAGAGAGGGAGAGAGGGAAAAGGGGGGAGCACCCCCCCCCUUGUCAUCUUGAUCCCCAAGCAGAAGCAGAGCAGCAGCCCCCAGGAAUUCACACCAGUACUCCCUCGCCAGGAUCUGCAGGCGGAGGGGAGAACUGCAACCCCCGGGCUUCCUGACUGUGAUCUGCUGGAGCAGGGGGAACCCCACAUCCUCCAGAUUCCCCGCCAGAAAUCUAGUGGACCAACCCCUCUUCAUUCCUCCCCAGGAUCCGCAGGAAAAGCCAUCAGGAGGCCGCCUGUCCCUCCUCCACUCCAGCCCUCCCCUCCCCCAGUUUGGAGGAGGUUGCUCCUUGCUGGCUGAGGGGGAAUUCUCUGGAUCUGGCUGGACAGCCUUUUUUACUUUGCACCAUCUGGGCUUCUUUCCUCCAUCUCUUCCACAGCUGACAGUAAAACCCAGCCUCGCCGAGCUCUCCAAGGGGCUUUUCCUCCAUGCCACCCUGCAGCACCAACAGCUCCAGCUCCCAUGCGUGGAUUGUGUGGGUUUUGUGUGUGUAAAGGGGCUGCUGUAAUUUCAGCCUCCUGGACCUGCCCUGGUUGGAUUAUUUUUUAUAGCUCUGAUUUGAAAAGCAGCCAUCAAGCCUUCCUGCCUGCCUGAUCUUUGACUGCUGCAGCUGCAGCUGUAUGAUAGCAGGGAAGCCUCAUUCCUGGGUUGCAGAGAGAGAAGGUUGCAGGAUCCUUCAAUCCCACCCCCUUCCUCUUUCCACAGCUCUGAGGAGAGUCCUGGCUCUUUGCAGCAUAUGUGGUGGAAGCCAGCACUAGCAGCCACUGCAGCAAAGGAAGCCCUUGUCUCGGGUGAUUUGGGGGAAAGGAAUUGAAAAUAAGAGGGUAGAUUUUGUUUCUGAGGGUCUUGGCUUCAUUUCCCAAAGGCUCGUUCCUUUCAUGCAUGACACAGAUCCUGCUCUGUGAUUCCUCCAGGCGAUGGCCAUGCAGUAAAGAUGUCAGUGUCCAGGGUGAACAGUGUCAAUGGGUUUUUGGAGGACUCCAGGAUGGAGGUUGGGGACAUGGGGAGGAUCCUCAGGAGUUUGGAAAUUGGGACCGUGCUGACCUUGUUCUACCAAAAAAAGUCCCAGAGGCCAGAGAGGAGGACGUUUCAGGUGAAGCUGGAGACCAGGCAGAUCAUUUGGAGCCGGACGCCUGAGAAAGUGGAAGGAGACAUUGACAUUCGGGAGAUAAAAGAGAUCCGCCCAGGGAAGAAUUCCCGGGAUUUUGAACGAUAUCCAGAAGAUGCUCGGAAACUGGACUCCACCAUGUGUUUCAUCAUGCUGUAUGGCCCGGAUUUCAGGCUCCGGACACUCAGUGUUGCUGCCUUCUGUGAGGAAGACGUCAACCUGUGGAUGACGGGCCUGAACUGGCUGGUGACGGACACUCAGAAAGCCCAGACGCCGCUGCAGAUUGAAAGGUGGCUGCGGAAACAGUUUGACUUGAUGGACAGGACGAGAGAAGGCAGUAUCACGUUGAAGGAUCUGAAGGCCAUGCUGCCCCAGGUGAACUACCGGGUGCCCAACAUGAGGUUCCUGCGGGACAAGCUAGUGGAAGUGGAAGCCAGGAGCGACAUGGCCUUCACCCACUUCACUCACUUCUACAAAAACCUAAUGUUCGAUGCUCAGAAAUCGAUCAUCGAGCAGCUGGAGCUCUCCUUCCCCUUGCGGAAUGUUGACCGGGCAGAGCUGUGCCAGAUUACAUUGUACGACUUCCAGAAAUUCCUGCAGCACGACCAGAAGGAGCCGUGGGCCAGUGACAUCAGCAAGGUGCGGGAGUACAUGUGUGGCUACCUCCGGGACCCCUUCAGUGACAUGGCAGAACCCUUCUUCCAGCUGGAUGAGUUUCUGACCUACCUGUUCUCCAGGGAAAACAAGGUCAUGGAUGCCAAGUACGAGCGGGUGGUCCCAGAGGAGAUGAACUACCCACUGUCCCACUACUGGAUCUCCUCCUCCCACAACACGUAUCUGACUGGGGACCAGUUCUCCAGUGAGUCCUCGCUGGAAGCCUACGCUCGCUGCCUCCGGAUGGGCUGCCGCUGCAUAGAGUUGGACUGUUGGGAUGGUCCAGAUGACCUGCCAAUCAUCUACCAUGGACACACACUCACCUCCAAAAUCAAAUUCCUGGAUGUCCUGCACACCAUCAAGGAACAUGCCUUCGUGACCUCUGAGUUCCCCAUCAUCCUCUCCAUCGAGGACCACUGCAGCAUUGUCCAGCAGAGGAACAUGGCCUCCCACUUCAAGAAGGUCUUUGGGGACAUGCUGCUCACCAAGCCGGUGGACAUCAACGCCGAUGAGUUGCCUUCCCCCACCCAGCUCAAGAAGAAAAUCCUCAUCAAGCACAAGAAGCUGGUGGAAGGGAACCUUUACGAAGAGGUCUCCACGGCCAGUUACUCGGAGAAUGACAUCAGCAACUCCAUCAAGAACGGCAUCCUGUAUCUUGAGGACCCCAUUGACCAUACCUGGAGCCCACAUUACUUUGUGCUGACAAGCAACAAGAUCUAUUACUCCGAGGAGACGUCCCGCUACCAGUCCAACGAGGAUGAGGAAGAGGUGGAACAAAAAGAGGAGUUUAACAACAACGAGCUGCACUUCAGCGAGAAGUGGUUUCACGGGAAGCUGGGCGGGGGGCGUGACGGGCGCCAGAUCGCCGAGAAGCUGCUGCAUGAGUACUGCACCGAGACGGGUGGGAAGGACGGCACCUUCCUGGUGCGGGAGAGCGAGACCUUUGUGGGAGACUACACCCUCUCCUUCUGGCGGUCCAGCCGAGUCCAGCACUGCCGCAUCCACUCCCGGCAGGAAGCCGGCACCACCAAGUUCUACUUGACGGACAACCUGGUGUUCGACAGCCUCUACAGCCUGAUCUGCCACUACCGCGAGGUGCCGCUGCGGUGCAACGAGUUUGAGAUGAGGCUCACGGACCCCGUGCCGCAGCCCAACGCCCACGAGAGCAAAGAGUGGUACCACGCCAGCCUGUCCCGCCUGCAGGCCGAGCAUAUGCUGAUGAGGGUGCCCCGGGACGGAGCCUUCCUGCUGCGCAAACGCAGCGAGCCCAAUUCCUAUGCUAUCUCCUUCAGAGCAGAGGGCAAGAUCAAGCAUUGCCGCAUCCAGCAGGAGGGACGGCUCUUCAUGCUGGGCAGCUCCGCCGAGUUCGAGAGCCUGGUGGAUCUGGUGAGCUACUACGAGAAGCACCCGCUCUACCGCAAGAUGAAACUCCGCUACCCCAUCAAUGAGGAGACGCUGGAGAAGAUGGGCACCGCCGAGCUGGACUAUGGAGCCCUGUAUGAAGUGCGAACCCCUCACUUCUACGUGGAGGCCAACAAGAUGCCAAUGGCCAGGUGUACGGUGAAGGCCCUCUACGAUUACAAAGCCCAGCGGGAAGACGAGCUCUCAUUCUGCAAACAGGCCAUCAUCCACAACGUUGACAAGCAGGAUGGAGGCUGGUGGCGGGGAGACUACGGGGGCAAGAAGCAGCUGUGGUUCCCAGCCAACUACGUGGAGGAGAUCAUGAACACGCUGGUGCAGGAGCAGGAUGAGGCUUCAGCAGAAAACAGCCCCCUGGGGAACUUCCUGAAAGGGUUCAUUGACGUACCGUCCUGCCAUGUAGUUAUCUCCAAAGACGGGAGGAGCUCCAAACCAUUUGUCUUCACCAUCCAUUCCCAGCAGAUGUCCCACCCGUCCCAGGCGCUGGACGUGGCUGCAGACACACAGGAGGAACUCAACGACUGGGUGGCCAAGAUCCGGGAGGCCACACAGAACGCAGACGCCAGGAUGCAAGAGGGGAAGAUCAUGGAGCGGAGGAAGAAGAUCGCCCUGGAGCUCUCCGAGCUGGUCGUUUACUGCCGCCCGGUGCCAUUCGAUGAAGAGAAGAUCGGCACAGACAAGGCUUGCUACCGGGACAUGUCCUCCUUCCCCGAGACCAAGGCCGAGAAGUAUGCCAACCGCAGCAAGGGCAAGAAGUUCCUGCAGUACAACCGACGCCAGCUCAGUCGCGUCUACCCCAAGGGCCAACGCCUGGACUCCUCGAACUAUGACCCACUGCCCAUGUGGAUCUGCGGCAGCCAGCUGGUAGCCCUUAACUUCCAGACCCCCGAUAAACCAAUGCAGUUGAACCAGGCUUUGUUCAUGCUGGGAGCCCGCAGUGGUUACGUCCUGCAGCCAGACAUCAUGAGGGACGACUUGUUUGACCCUUUUGACAAGAGCAGCCUGAAGAUUGUGGAACCCAUCACUGUGCAGCUCCAGAUCCUAGGCGCCCGGCAUCUCCCCAAGAACGGCAGGAGCAUCGUGUGCCCCUUCGUGGAGGUGGAGGUCUGCGGCUCGGAGUUUGACAGCAGCAAGAACAAGACGGAUGUCGUAGCUGAUAAUGGCCUGAACCCCGUGUGGCUUUUCAAGCAGUUCGUCUUCGACAUCAACAACCCUGAGUUUGCCUUCCUGCGCUUCGUGGUAUACGAGGAGGACAUGUUCAGUGAUCCCAACUUCCUGGCCCAGGCCACCUUCCCCGUCAAGGGCCUCAAGACAGGCUACAGGUCAGUGCCCCUGAAGAACAGCUACACUGAGGACCUGGAGCUCUCCUCCCUGCUCAUCCACAUCGAAAUCAUCAACGCCAAGGAAGAAGACGAGGAGAACCUGUACUCCUCCAUCCAGCAGUUGCGUGACCGAGCCAGCGAGCUCUCCAACCGGGUCUCGAGCUUUGAGCAUAGCAACAACUGUGACUUGCGCCACCAGCAGUGGCUGGACGAGCUGCGGGCGGCCAAGGAGCGGCUGAUGGAGCUGACCGAAGUGCGCAACAGGAAGCUGAUGGAGAAAAAGAAGAGAGAUCGACAGAUGGCCAACAAGCACAACUGAGCCAGCCGCGGGGCUCUCCCAGCUGGGGCCCUCUGUUGGGGAGCCUGGAAAUUCUUGCCCGCAGGAGAUCUGGCCGCUGAUACCAGCCAUCCCCCGACAAUCCACCUUUCCAGCUGGCUCGCUGCCUAUCACCCUGCAUCAGUCAGCUGCCCUGGGGGAAAGAGACAUUGGCUGCUAGAACUGCAGCACUUGCAGGACCUGGAGAGAACUAGCAGUGGUUCUGAAGAUGGGAGUGCAGGGCUGUGUCAGCACCUUUCCUGUUGUAAUAACCAAGCUUUUCAAUGAGCUGGAAAAGGGGUCACAUGCCAGGGGGCGCAAUGCCUCUCAAGAGGAUUCGAGCAGCCCCCCGGGGCAGGGCUUCCCAUCAGCCACCUUAUCCCCAGUCAGUCUGAUCUGCUUCAACAUCUGUUUAAAUUUUUUCUUUUUUACCACCAUGAGACUUCCAAUGGGGGGAGGGGAGAGGGACAUCUCAGGAGCUGUAGGUUCGAAGCCUUUCAUAGCUCACCAGUCUGUGUUUGAGGUGGGGUCCCUAGGUGACAUUUCUCUGCAUUACGAAACCACCGCACGCGCCGGCGCCCUGGGAGUUCCAAGGGCAGCCGGGGGUGACUGCAGAGCAGGAUCGAGGGGCAUCGGCCGAGCUGUAUGUGCCCCGGGGGCUGCAGGUUAUAAUGGAGGGGCAUCGGCAGAGCUGUGUGUGGAGCCCCUUGGACUGGGUAGCAGGGGCUCUGCUCUGUGCUCUGCCUGGCUGUCGCCCCUCACAAAGGUUAGAGGAAACCCUGCCCCCUAUUUAUUUAUUUAUUGGGUGGUUGGUGCUCGAUCCCUUGCUCCGCCACCCUUUAGAGUUGGGGUGACACUUGCCGAUGUGUUGCAGCUCUCCCUGAGCCUGCAGGGCCUGGGGAGCUGCUGUGACCCCCAGGCUCCUGCUCUGCAACGAGAGAAACAGCUCUAAAUUUCCCUGCAGGCAUUCCCAAGUGGCAGCCAAAGGCUACCACCAGUCAACCGGACACAUUGCGGGGCAGAGGCCCCAGUGUAUCACUGGAAGCCUCAGGCUGAAUGGCCGAGAGCCGGAGCCACACAGCUGUGGGGGCUUCCCAGCCCCACACCAGUCAGACAGGCACAUUCCCAUUCCCCCUUGCUGGAGUUGAUAGUGUUCAGAGGGAAUCAUUCCCUCCUCCUGGAGCAGAUCAGAGCCUGCGGAGCUGACCAGCCCCACGCUGGUGAGUGGCGCACCUGGUUCUGCCUUGCCUUGUGUAGCUGAAAGGGCUGAAAGGUCAGGGCAUUCUUGUCAUUGCAGCUGAAAGGGCUUUUCACCUGUGCAUUAUGCACUGCCCAUCGCCUCGUUAGCUCGUCGAGCAGAACGAUGCAGGGAACGGGGAUGAGGAAUCAGUGGACUGAGAACCAGCCGCACUCUGCACGUCGCUAGGGCUUUCCAUCUUCCCAUUGCCGGACAUCUCCACAACCCCCAGCAGGGAGGCAAGUCAGUAUCAUUCACCCCACCGGACCAACCAAGAAACCGAGGCACAGAGAAAGGAAGGGGGCACGCAACAAGUGAGUGGCUUCAGACCCAGGCGUCCAAACGAUCGUGCUGCCUCCCUGCAAGUUUGAGUUGGCCUGAGAAAGGACUAUCAGCGGGCGCGAUCACACAAUGACGAGGAUUAGGCACCACAGACAGGAGCCCGGCUCACUCAGACCCACUUCUGAGCCCCUGCCUAGGGCAGGAACACAGGCUGCCCCGCCCUUCGGGUGUCAUGUACUAACAGCUGGGAUCUCCAGCGGAUACCAGUAGGUAGGAGAUGCUCACUGAGCCAGUGCUGAGGUUUCCACGCCAUUUAGCUGCACAGGGAAGAUUUAGAGCCAGGAACUGUGCGGGGAUCUCGAGAAAUAGCUGCAAUUUCUUUUUUCAAUGUGUGUAUAAACCGGGGGGAGGGUUCUACGACCAGCCUCAUUAUCAGGGCGUGUGGAAAUGAUGCACUGUCCCCUGAGAGACCCCACAGGGUGAGGGAGGGGAGUCAGGCCUGGGCAGAGCUCCACCUGCACUCUGCAGGGGCGGGGGACAGUCGCCUUUCAGAGCAGAUGUAAAACCAAGGCCCUGACCACCCACAGUCACUAAGUGCCCUGGGCACGUUCCUUUGUUGUUGUUAUUACAAAUCCCAUCUGUGGUGCCGUAAAUAGAGGGCGGAAGGGGAGGGUUGACCUGACACCAGCCCCCUUCCUCACAGGGCUGACAAUCUAAACUCAAGGGACCCAGUCACUGGAGCUUGCAGGCCACAUUUGGGGAAGGUGGAGGCAAAGGGAGCUCGGCCUAUGAUCCUGGGGAGGUUGUUCCAGGCAUGUGGCGCAGGAUGGAAGAAAGUAGGAGACGGAGGUGGACAAAGGCAGGAGGAGGGUAGGCACGAAACUCCAGCUCAGGUAACUACAUUCUGCCAAUCUAGCAUGCCCAGCGCAGUUACAGUCAGAGAGUUUAUCCUUGCUCGCCCUUCUUUAAACACUGUUGUGUGGUGUUGCUGUGUGCUGUUAAACAGCUGCCACAUCCCACCCCAGAGCUGGCUGCAUUUCAGGGAUCAGUCUAUAGAGCACUUUGGGAUCCUUCAGGAUGAAAUGUGCUAUAUUAUUAUUAUUUUAUUUUAUUUGUAUGACAAUAGCUGAUAUCAGGGCUGCAUUGUGCUAGGUGCUGCACAAACACAUAGUUACAGGCAGUCCCUACCCCUAAGCACUUGCUAAAGAGACAUUGCAGGCAAAAGGUGGGAGGGGACACUGAGGCACAAAGCGAUGAAGUGACUUGCUCGAGAUCACCCGGCAGGUCAGUGGCAGAGCUGACCAUAGAUGCCAGUCUCCUGAGUCCCUCCUGCUGGCAGUGCAAUCCACUGUGCCAUACACUGCUACAGAAGGGAGCCGGAAAGAAACCGAACGCCCAGCUGAGAUUCCCCUGCCCUCCCAGCCACUACAGAUCCCUGCCAUUUCAUCGCUCCUACAUAAAUCCCUUCUUUUUAAAAACAGUACCUCUGAUCUGAGAGCAGUGAAGGGGCACGUGAAACCCCUUCUGAGGAAUCCCAGACAGAACUUCUCAGCCUGCCAGAGCCUCAAAGGGAUAAAUAACAGGAGGAGAGCAGGAAACCACUUUGGAUUCAUGCCUGUGUUGUGAGGGGUUGUCCAGCCUCUCAGCUCCGAGAUUCAGCAUCCCAGGGGUCCAAGAAGAAGGGCCCCGUGUCUGCCCAGCUCUGGGAUUGUUGUGAAUGUAACAUAAUAAGUGGGGGGAUGCCAGGAAAAUGCCUGAGGUGCCUCAGUGGGCCAGAUGCAGCCUUGGUGUAAGCAUUGAAGCCAAUGGAGUUGUGCCCACCUCCCCCAGGGCUGAAUCUGACUCGAUAUUUGUUUUGGACCCAUGUGGAUGAUAAGGGGGGAAGCCAGAUGCUGGUUCCCCUUCCCUGGUAUAUUGGGGGUGCACAGCUGUAUGUCAGCCCCUGGAAAGUGCCAGGAGAUGCUGGCACUAGGGCAGGUACCGACGUUUCCAAGAGUGGCUAAUAAAAGAAGCACAAGGGAGCCGGCAGCUGGAAGACUGGUCUUUGCAGCAGCUUCAGGCAGGCAUCGGGUCAGGAUAUUAUUGUAGGUCUCAUGCAGGAGGAUAGGGUGUCUCUAUGGGGGAUCCGGCAUCCUGCUGGUGUCACUGCAGGGAGAGCCGUGAAUUCUUUGUAUGAAAAUAAAUCUAUUUAGCCAAUAUUUAUACA